CCGUGGCAUGUGGCGGGGCCGCGGGGCGCCGGAGCUCCGUACCUUCUGUUCCCGGGGCUCUUCCCUGCCGUUCCCUGCUUUCCCUGCCCGCGGGGCCGCGCCAGCCCCGCCCGAGCGCCUCUCCCGCCCCGGGGCCGCGCUCUCCGCCGGGCUCCGCCACACCGAUUGGCAAAGAAAGCUCCUGUCAGAGGAUCGUGUCAAGUAAUGUGCCUUGCUGUCCURCAUGUUAGCUGACUGAAUCCCUGCCAGACUUGGUCAUGCAACACCACUGCUGUUUCCUGAUAAACUGUAGUCCUACUGUAUCCAGGCUUUUAUUGGCUUUUGCUUUCCCUAAGGGCGAAAUAAUUCCUGACAGCAAGAAAACAGUUACAAGUGUUUGCAUGGUAUAUUGCAGUGGACCUGAAGUUGAUAUAAGAAAGAAUUUCUUUUGGGAAGAGAAGCUUCCCUGUAAGGCCAGCCCUGAAGAUGUGGACUGCCAUUGUGUUCUUCCUGCUGAUUUCCUUCUGUAUAUGUGAACASCGGUUUUCUGUCCUGAAAGGGAGAGGCGUUCAUGUGGUGCAAAUAAACAGGCUUACAAGUGAAGAGCAAUGCAGGCAGGCUUGUCAGAGCCCCGGUGCCUCAGGGAGCUGUCGCUGUAAUUGGUCUGUGCCCUACCAGAAUCACUGCCUCCUCCUGCUGUGCCACCAGCUGAGUGUGUGCCAGAAUGCCAGAGAACAAGACAUCCAAGAUCUGCUUGCAGAAUUUGUCAGCAGUAAAUGGGAAACAGCCCUGUUUCAGCGCCAGAGCCAUCCACAGAAAAGAGAGAGCAUGCUGAAUGCACAGAGGGACCAGCACAGUGUGGAAAAYCCAUUUUCCUCAACUGCUCAGACUCACAAGAUUCAUUUGAGGCAUUUGCUUGAGUUUGAGGAGAAUGAGAACACAACAAGUACGGAAAAUCCAAAUGCAAGCAAUGCUACCACCGCCGCUACCAACACCACUACAACCACUGCCCCWACCAUAACAACAAACAUUGCAAAUGCACCUUUCUCUACCACUUCUGAAAAAACUGCCAAAGCCUCAAGCACCCCUGGAAGUUCUGAGACCUUUUCUAAAGCCAUGUCACCCUCUGCCUCUUCUCCCUUUCAUGGUAGCAUCUCUGCUUCCACCUCCAGCCAUGUCACCCAGACGGUGACCACCAGCCAGAAACCAGGAAAUAAUAUUUCUGUCUCAGUAUUGUCCCCCACUUCUGCUCCCCUCACUGUUCCCUCUGAAGCAGGUACCCAAACUCAGCAGCCUGGGCUGGGUACCACCAACAUCAGUGCUCCCCACCCUCUCAGCCCCACCACUGCUGGAGCUGGCCUGAAAACACUGACCACAACACUGACCACCCCCAUCCCACAGGAUGAAGGAGCAUCUUCCACUGCUUCCACACAUGCCACGGCUCCCGUCCCCACGGAGAGUUCUCACUCUGCCAGUCCAGAGCAUGCCAGCACCUUGCCACAUCUAAACCCAGAAGCAAGUACAACCAUAGCAACCUUGAGUGAAUCAACUUCUCUUCUGGGCUCUACAAGAGGUGCUGUGGUUUUAACUACAGCCUCUACAGUAGAAACUACGACUGAGCAUGAGAUAAAGUCAACAUCUGAUGUCUUUUCAACAGCCAUGGCUUCAACRGGUGCAGCCAAAACAGCAUCUUCGGGCCUCACAAAAGCUCAGGACACAGACAAUGAGUAUCUUCUCAUUGCUGCCGAGCCCCUGACUCAGUACUUAGUGGAUAAAAGUUCACUUCUUGCAGURCUUUUAGUUGGUACAUUCUUUUUCAUAACUGUUAUAGUUCUUUUCCUCACCCAGGCCUAUGAGAGCUACAAGAAGAAAGAUUACACGCAAGUGGAUUACCUGAUCAAUGGAAUGUAUGUGGACUCAGAGAUGUGAAGAGGUGGGGAUAAAUAGUGGGCAAGAGAUGGAAAGGAGGUUUAAAGUCUACCUGACUCGUUUUUCCUUUCUGUCUGCCCAUAACGCAAACUGAAAGUGCUUCCAAAUUUACUUCUAGUGCAAUUGAGGAGAAAUGCCAUGUACUGUAUUAAGAAAAAAUAAUAAUUUUUUUAUUCAACUGUGCAACAGGUACUUUAAAACCAUUUAAAAAAGGAAUAAUUUUUAACAUUUUCAUAAUGCACAGUAGCUUUGGCCAUUAUUUUUCAUUGCAAAACAAAUCUAACAAGGUGUAAGUUUCCAUCUUCUGAAAAUGCUGUAGCGCUUUUCAGCUGUUUACAGUGCAGGUUMUUUGUGUUUCAUUUGUUUCAAGUGUGCUUCUCUGAAAACAGAGCAAAGGAUGCUGUCACCUUUUGUGAAGUGCUCCCAAGCAGCCAGAUGAGAAGUGUGGAGUACUAUUACAACAGGGGACUUUUAAUCCAGUGUGUGUCAUAUUUCAGUAUGCUUCUUGCUUAUGAAGAGGUCUGUUUACAAAGUAUUGUAAACUCUGUUUACUGCUAACCCGAGGUAUCUCUUCACCACGGAGUGGAUUACUGUGCCUCUGCACUUAAAUGAUCUUAUUUUUAUAUUCAGUUAAUAAAUGGGGCCCGAGAAGGGCAGAUCUUCUU